AUGCCUUGUUAUGCGGAUACUAUUGUUAGAAUUAAACAUGUUCGUCGAAAUAAAAAAGAGGAUUCAGGAAAUUUCUCUGUAUGGGCUAUUGGAACGUACCCAGUAGAAUGUGAAAUUUACGAAAUUGAAAUGACUUUACCUAUACCAAUUAAUCCAGAUGAUCGUGAUCCUGAUUCACAAGCAGUUUUUCAAAGAGAUGAAUAUUAUUCUAUUGGAGGAAAAGUUGUACCUGGAAGUUAUGCUGGGAAUAGAAGAUUAAAAAUGAUGGUUGCCACCUCAACUCAUAUAACACUAGCUGAAAAAGAAAAACCUUCUGAUUCAAAUAGAUGUCCUUUAAAGGUUUCUUUAGUAGGAAUUCCACAAGCAAUACCAAUUGAAAUUAAAAAUACUGAAAGUUCUGUCUUCGAAAUUAUAGUAUCUGAUUACAUCGCUCAGCCUUACAAUUAUAUAAUCAAGGUCGUUUAUCCACAUAUUAAUAAUCAAUUUAAACAUUUCAAAACUUCCAUUCGUCCACAUGAAUCUGUCAUUUUCGUAAUUGGACAAUUGGAAAUUAUAGAUAAUGAAUUUUAUGUUUACGCUAGAGAAAUAAAUUAUGUUGAUAUGCAUCUCUCCACAAAAAAAAAGGAUUAUGAAAUAAAUAAUAACGAAAUUACUUCACUUUCAACAAAUACUACUCGAUCAAAGCUUCUUUAUAUUCAUAAAAAUGUUGCUAAAAAUUCCGGUGAUACUUCCGAAUUUCAUUCCUCAACUUCGACAACUUCUGAAUAUUUCGAAAGUAUAUAUCAAGAUGAUCUAUCAAAAGAUAUUGAAAAUUCCGAAGAAAUUUAA